UAACCAUAAGGAGCUUGAGGUGGUUUCUACGCGCAGUGUGUGUUUAAAUAGUUUCCUGUUUUCUAAACCAGUUUACUAAAAGAGUCAGCGCACUUCUUUUCGCACACGCGUUUUAUCUUCAUCGAAAAGAAAUCAGACGCGGUAAUUGAUACUCUCUGUAUGAUAUUUUUCGUUUUUUCCAAGAGUGACAAAUCGAGACGGUUACAAGUGCAAAGUGAGAGCAAUGGAGAAUAAGACCGCACCUACAAGGAAUGCGGAAUGAAUCCGACAAGUUCUGUAUUCGAUCACAAGCCGUUCGAAAAAUCGCGGUACGAAAUCACACAUCAAAUGGAGACGUCGCAUCGUUCGCAGAUAUCGCAAUCUCGCCUUUGAAAGUUCUUCCCGUCACUCUGUUUAUUUUUCAAGAAUCAGCGAAGAGACGUCGUUAUUAAGAAAAACAAACAUCGGACGAAUUACUGAACGAUUGUUAGCAGAAUAUCAGAAAUACUAGGGUCAGAAUCCGACUGUGUACGAAAAUAAUAAUAACUCGACGAAAGUGAUUUUAGAUCAUUGAUAUGGCUACGAUGAUGACUGGCGAUGAGUACACACCCGUGAAGGAAUUUUACAGAGACAGGUCGAUUUUUAUAACCGGCGGUACGGGUUUCAUGGGUAAAGUUCUCGUCGAGAAGUUAUUGAGAUCGUGUCCUGGUAUUAAAAAUAUUUAUCUUUUAAUGAGACCCAAGCGGGGUCAGGAUGUGCAGCAAAGAUUGCAGGAACUCUUGAACGCACCGCUGUUUGAGAAAUUACAACGGGACUCUCCUGGCGAGCUUUCCAAGAUCAUACCGGUGGCUGGUGACAUAACGGAAGCGGAAUUGGGUAUCUCGCCAGCCGAUCAGGAAAUGUUAAUACGAUCCGUAUCAGUCGUUUUUCAUUCGGCGGCUACUGUAAAAUUCGACGAGGCUCUGAAGCUAUCGGUUACCAUAAACAUAUUGGGCACCAAAAGAUUGAUUCAGUUGUGUCAUCGCAUGCGUCACGUGGAGGCACUUAUUCACGUCUCAACAGCGUAUUGCAAUUGCGACCGGACCGAUGUCGCUGAGGAGAUCUAUCCAGUUGACAAGGAACCCGAACAAGUAAUUGCCUUGACACAAUGGAUGGACGAUAAGAUGGUCGAGGAGUUGACACCGCGCUUGAUCGCUGGCAGACCAAACACGUAUACGUUUUCUAAAGCGUUGGCCGAGCGACUGCUCCAACGGGAAAAAGGUUCUUUACCAGUGGCAAUUGUCAGACCGUCGAUUGUGAUAUCAUCGUAUAGGGAACCGGUCGCCGGUUGGGUGGACAAUUGCAACGGGCCUACCGGAAUUAUCGCCGCCGCCGGGAAAGGCUUCUUUAGGACUAUGCUGUGCCACGCAGACAAAGUAGCGGAUUUGGUGCCCGUCGACAUAGUGAUCAAUCUGAUGAUAUGCACGGCAUGGAAAACCGCCACGCAACGCACCGACACCAUUUCGAUUUACAACUGUUGCACCGGCCUGCAGAAUCCCAUCACCUGGAAGGAAUUUGUUGAACUGACGAUCAAAUACAGCCGUAUACAUCCAGCGAACGAUGUGCUCUGGUAUCCGGACGGUACCGUCCACAACUCGAUUCUCAUAAACAAAUUGUGCGCGACGUUACAACACAAGCUACCCGCACACAUCUUAGAUAUAUUCGCUCGGCUCAAGGGCUCGCGGCCCAUAAUGGUCCGCCUGCAGUCAAAACUCUCCAAAGCCUCCCAAUGUUUGGAAUACUUCUGCACUAGACAAUGGAAUUUUAGAGACGACAACAUACGACAACUGAGUGAGCAACUCAGUCCGGAAGACCGGGAAACAUUUAUGUUCGAUGUUAAGCAAAUUAACUGGCCGUUGUAUCUGGAGCAGUACAUUCUGGGAAUACGACAGUUCAUCCUUAAGGAGAAUCCGGACACACUGCCAGCUGCUCGUUCAUACGUUACAAAACUGUACUGGCUUCACAGAGCCACGCAAAUUGGACUACUGAUAAUAAUGCUACGUAUUCUGCUAUCGCGUAAUUCCGCAGCACAAGGAGCAGUUCUCUCGUUGCUGUCUGUCGUACUCCGCAUAUGCCGCUUGAUUGUUUGACGGCUCAGAACAGGCCCGGUCGAUGAUCGCGAUCAGCAUAACACGAAGUGGCCGCUAUCUACAGAGCGUUAUUUAAAGGUGCGAUUUGUUCUUCGACCUCGUUGCUCAGCCUCCUUGAUAAAGCGUUACCUACACACCCACUCGAUUAGCCUUUUCGAUGUUGCUAAUCAUUGAUGAGUAACAGCGCCGCUUAUAUAAAUAUUUGAUUUUUAAAAAAGAGUGUUGGUUACCGAUUUGAUUGAACGGAAAUCUUGCAGAUAUGAGCUGUCUUCCAGCGCGUGUAAGUACGCUUUACAACUUGGUGCGCGUGCUUACAUAUAACACACAUACAUGUACACAUAUACACAAACCGCUGGAAGAUUAUAUUUACACACACACACACACACACAUACACACACAAACACAUAGACACGUUAUUACAGUAAUAAUUAUUACCGCAUUACCAAUGUUAUAUUCCUUGUUGUCCUGUAAACCAUUGACUAUCGCGAAAUCGAUCGAGUUCUAGAUAGUGAUGUGAUCGUCAUUGCAUGUUUUCACUAGAAAUAAAAUUUAAACGCGCAUAUUGCCACAAUUUAUUCCGUUAGCGUCAUCGUACAUCGAUACUUUGCACAACGUCAAUUUCUAAUGAAUAAAAAUAAAAAAAAAAAAAAUAAAAAAACAAGCAAAAACAAAUUAUCUGAUUGUCAGUGCGCGAUCAUUGUUAAGGCGAGUUCGGUACGUCGCGUCGUGAGCUGGUCGGUCUUCAGUCGAGAAAAAAAUCCAUCGAGUCGAGUAAUAACAAAAUCGCCAUUCUCGCAAACACGACGCAUCGAAAAUCCGUCGUGCCUUUAUAUUGUCGGUAUCUGACAUUCUUUUCCUUUUUUAUUCUGUGACGUAAGAUACUUAGGUAGAUAUUUUGCUGCUUACGAUCGCGUAAUGAGAUUCGUGGUUGAAAACACAUGUGAACAUGUGCGCGACAAUUGAUUUUGAGAGAAAAAAAAGAAACAAAAGCAUCAUCACAAUGAAAACUAUAUCGUCUCGUUGGAACAGACAUACGCGAUGUAAGUGUUUGUUUUGUUUGUGAACUCUGCCACAGACGUGCGAAAGAAUUUUACAUCUGUAAAAAAAAAUGUGUCUCUCGUUUUAGAACAACGAGAAAGAUUAAAUGACGUUUAAAAUAUUUUUACUCGUCUCAAUAAGAAAAUCUACGCUAUCACAAUACGACUGUAAAAUAUCUUCUACGUAUCUUACACAUAUUAUUGUCACAGAAUCAAUCACUUGUUCAUCAAUUUUGAAGGCAUUGGCAACUUUAUCGUGAUCUGCUGUUGAAUGGUUAAUUUUUAUUUCAGAGAGGAUAUCAUCGGCUGAAUGAAAGUUUAUGCAAAUGUUUAAAUUAAAUUCGCGCUUUGUACAACUUGUAUUUAAUAAAAUCUCUCUCUAAUAUACACAUAUAGAUCGAUGUAUUUAAAUGUAUAAAGUCUCGAAAGUCGAGAUUGUUGAGAUUUAGCAAAGCGAUAUUGCUAUUAAUUAAUUCAUAAGUGUCUCAUCUUUGACAUAUCUUGAGAAACAAAAAAAAAAAAAAAAAACAAACAGAGUGGGACAUUAAUCGAAUUAUGUUGAAUUAUAAUGCGAUUACAAUGCAAUUGCGGCGCUUAUGUAACCACUCUGCUUUAAAAGUAAUAAAAAAACACACACACACACAGACACACAAAGCAAGUACUUACACUCAAUAGUAUCUUCGGGUUGCUGUUUUACUGAUCGUUGCCUGUGCCUUUAAAAUAACCGAUAACUAUAUUUGUGCUUGGUAUUUGUUUAUUUAAUUUGUUGGUAUUUAUAUAUAUAUGAAAUAGUAAGUUUUUAUAUUUACUCAGGAGAGUAGACUUUCCCUUUAUAUUUGUGAUCAAUCAUGAAAAAAAUUUGGUUUUCUGUUUUUUUCGCCGAAUCGGUUACACUAGUUCGGCGAAAAAGAACAAACCAAUUGUAAUAUCGGAUUCUUUCGGGAAAAGUAAUCCUGAAAUAGAGGAAAAAUAUAAAAUGUAUGUGACAGGAAUAAAACAAAAAAAAAAAAAAAAAAAAA